AUGAAAGCGGGUCCAUAUAAGUUGGUAACGCACAACACGUCAAACUGCAUUACAAAAGAGCAACCCUGGUUCCACACUAACUUCACAGUGUCUUCCGAAAAGAAUGGCGUCCGCGGGACCGUCGUCAAUAAAAAGGAAAUCAAGAAUGUCAAGUUCCGCAUUCAAAUAUACUACAUAGACCAAGGCAAGAUAAAAGUCUUUGAGAUAAAGAACCAGAACUGCCAGAAUAUGAUCAUAAAAAUAGUGCUCAAAGCACUUGGCAUAACAUACAAUGACCAGAAGUGCACGAUGAAACCGCUGACUACAGAGAUCCGUAACUUGAACUUGGAUGCAGUGAUCCAUUCAGUGGUGCAGAAGAUUUCGUACGGCUCCGUGCAAAUCAGAUGGGAGAUCGCCGUGCCCGAAGCCAAGAUCAUGUGCCUUGAUAUCCAUUUAGAGAUUAUUGAUGACAAGAGGAUAGACAAUAAGGAAACUGAAUAACAGUUAUUAUAUGCAAUUUUCAAAAUUAUAGUUAUAGGCAGUAUGACUUAAGGUCUUGAUCUUGGUAAUAAAAAAAAAACAACGCGA